AUGCCGAGGCCAGGGACCAUGGCGCUGUGUCUGCUGACCUUGGUCCUCUCGCUCUUGCCCCCACAAGCUGCUGCAGAGCAGGACCUCAGCAUGAACGGGGCUGUGUGGGAUGGAGGAGGGUGCAUCUCCCAAGGGGACCUCUUGAAGCCUCAGUGCCAACAGCUGUGUCAGAACCUUAAGACAGGUUCUGCGGCAAACGACGUCACAGGUACAACACCUACAAACGUUAUGGUGCCACGAAUAAGCACCGACGUGCCCAUGUCAACACUGAGUGAAGAAAGCACUUCAACAACAACGGUUUUUGUCAGCAUCACACCUGUGACCAAUUUUGAGGCCUCCACGUCUUUAACAUAUAAGGUUGAUAUGAGCACACCUCUGACCACUUCUACUCAGGCAAGUUCAUCUCCUACUACUCCUGAAAGCACCACCAUACACAAAUCAACUAACAGUGAAGGAAGCACUCCAUUAACAAGUAUGACGGCCAGCACCACGCAGGUGGCCAGUUCAGAGGCUAUCACCCUUUUGAGGACUUCUGUUAAAAUCAGCACACCUGUGACCAUUUGUGCUCAAGCCAGUUCAUCUCCUACAACUGCUGAAGGUCCCAGCAUGCCAACCUCAGCUCCUAGUGAAGGAAGUACUCCAUUAACAAGAAUGCCUGUCAGCAUGAUGCCGGUGGUCAGUUCUGAGGCUAGCACCCUUUCAACAACUCCUGCUGACUCCAACACUCCUGUGAUCACUUCUACUGAAGCCAGUUCAUCUCCUACAACUGCUGAAGGUCCCAGCAUGCCAACCUCAGCUCCUAGUGAAGGAAGCACUCCAUUAAAAAGUAUGCCUGUCAACACCACACUGGUGGCCAGUUCUGAGGCUAACACCCUUUCAACAACUCCUGUUGACACAAGCACACCAGUGAACACUUCAACUGAAGUCAGUUCCUCUCCUACAACUGCAGAUGGUGCCAGUAUGCCAAGCUCAACUCUUAGUGAAGGAAGCACUCCAUUAACAAGUAUGCCUGUCAGCACCAUGCCAGUGGCCAGUUCUGAGGCUAACACCCUUUCAACAACUCCUGUUGACACCAGCACAUCUGUGACAACUUCUACUGAAGCCAGUUCCUCUCCUACAACUGCUGAAGGUACUGUCAUGCCAACCUCAACUCCUAGUGAAGGAAGCACUCCAUUAACAAGUAUACCUGUCAGCACCACGCUGUUGACCAGUUCUGAAAUGAGCACACUUACAACAACUCCUGUUGACACCAGCACACCUGUGAGCACUUCUACUGAAGCCAGUUCACCUACUACAACUUCUGAUGGUGCCAGCAUACCAACCUCAACUCCGAGUGAAGGAAGCACUCCUUUAAUAAGUAUGCCUGUCAGCACCACGCCUUUGACCAGUUCUGAGGCUAGCACCCUUUCAACAACUCCUGUUGACAUAAGCACACCUAUCACCACUUCUACUGAAGCCAGUUUAUCUCCUACAACUGCUGAAGGUACCAGCAUACCAAACUCAACUCCUAGUGAAGGAAGCAUUCCAUUAACAAGUAUGCCUGUCAGCACCACUUCGGUGGCCAGUUCUGAGGCUAGCACCCUUUCAAAAACCCCUGCUGACUCCAACACUCCGGUGACCACUUCUACUGAAGCCAAUUCAUCUCCUACAAUCGCUGAAGGUACCAGUCUGCCGACCUCAACUCCUAGUGAAAGAAGCACUCCAAUAACAAUUAUGCCUGUCAGCACCACGCCGGUGGCCAGUUCUCAGGCUAGCACCCUUUCAACAACUCCUGUUGACUCCAACACUCCUUUGACCACUUCUACUGAAGCCAGUUCACCUUCUACAACUGCAGAAGGUACCAGCAUGCCAACCUCAACUUAUACUGAAGGAAGCAGUCCACUAACAAGUAUGCCUGUCAACAACACACCGGAGACCAGUUCUGAGGCUAGCACCCUUUCAACAACUCCUGUUGACACCAGCACACCUGUGACCACUUCUUCUCAAGCCAGUUCAUCUCGUACAACAGCUGAUAGUGCCAGUAUGCCAACCACAACUCCCAGUGAAGAAAGCACUCCAUUAACAAGUGUCCCUGUCAGCACCACUUCAAUGGCCAGUUCUGAGGCUAGCACCCUUUCCACAAUUCCUGUUGACACCAGCACACGUGUGACCACUUCUACUGAAGCCAGUUCCUCUCCUACAACUGCUGAAGGUACUGUCAUGCCAAUCUCAACUCCUAGUGAAGGAGGUACUCUAUUAACAAGUAUACCUGUCAGCACCAAGCCGUUGGACAGUCCUGAGGCUAGCACCCUUUCAACAACUCCUGUUGAGUCCAAAAGUCCUGUGGUCACUUCUACUGAAGUCAGUUCAUCUCCUAAGCCUGCAGAAAGUAACAGCAUGCCAACCUCAACUUAUUGUGAAGGAAGCAUUCCAUUAACAAGUAUGCCUCUGAGCACCACACCAGUGGCCAGUUCUGAAAUCAGCACCCUUUCAACAACUCCUGUUGACACCAGCACACCUGUGACCACUUCUACUGAAGCCCGUUCAUCUCCUACAACUUCUGAAGGGACCAGCAUGCUAACCUCAACUCCUAGUGAAGGAAGCACUCCAUUAACAAGUGUGCCUGACAGCAGCACGCCAGUAGUCAGUCCUGAGGCUAGCACACUUACAGCAACUCCUAUUGACACCAGGACACCUGUCACCACUUCUACUGAAGCCAGUUCAUCUCCUACAACUGCUGAAGGUACCGGCAUGCCAAUCUCAACGCCUAGUGAAGGAAGUACUCCAUUCACAAGUAUCACUGUUAGCAACACGGCGGUGGCAGGUUCUGAGGCUAGCACCCUUUCAACAACUCCUGUUGACUCCGACAGUCCUGUGACCACUUCCAUUGAAGCCAGUUCAUCUCCUCCAACUGCUGAAGUUAACAGCAUGCCAACCUCAACUCCUAGUGAAAGAAGCACUACAUUAACAAGUAUGCCUGUCAGCACCAUGCCGGUGGCCAGUUCUGAGGCUAGCGCCCUUUCAACAACUCCUGUUGACACCAGCACACCUGUGACCACUUCUUCCGAAGCCAGCUCAUCUCCUACAACUUCUGAAGGUACUAGCAUGCCAACCUCAACUCGUAGUGAAGGAAGCACUCCAUUAACAAGUAUGCCUGUCAGCACCACGACAGUAGUCAGUUCCGAGGCUAGCACGCUUUCAGCAAUUCUGGUUGACACCAGCACACCUGUCACCACUACUACUGAAGCCAGUUUCUCUCCUACAACUGCUGAAGGUACCAGCAUACCAACUUCAACUACUAAUGAAGGAACGACUCCAUUAGCAAGUAUGCCUGUCAGCACCACGGCCUUGCCCAGUUCUGAGGCUAGCACCCUUUCGACAACUCCUGUUGACUCCAACUCUCCUUUGACCGCUUCUACUGAAGCCAGUACAUCUCCUCCAACUGCUGAAGUUACCAGCAUACCAACCUCAACUGCUAGUGAAGGAAGCACUCCAUUAACAAGUAUGCCUGUCAGCACCACACCAGUGGCCAGUUCUGAAAUCAACACACUUUCAACAACUCCUGUUGACACCAGCACACCUGUGACCACUUCUUCUCAAGCCAGUUCAUCUCCUCCAAUGGCUGACGGUAUCAGCAUGCCAACCUCAACUCCUAGCGAAAGAAGCACUCCAUUAACAAGUAUGCCUGUCAGUACCACGCCAAUGGCCAUUUCUGCGGCUAGCACCCUUUCAACAACUCCUGUUGACACCAACACACCGGUGACCACUUCUACUGAAGCCCGUUCAUCUCCUACAACUUCUGAAGAUACCAGCAUGCCAACCUCAACUCCUAGUGAAGGAAGCACUCCAUUAACAAGGAUCCCUGUCAGCACCACCUCAAUGGCCAGUUCUGAGGCUAGCACCCUUUCAACAACUCCUAUGGACACCAGCACACCUGUGAUCACUUCUACUGAAGCCCAUUCAUCUCUUAAAACUUUUGAAGGUACCAGCAUGCCAACCUCAACUCCUAGUGAAGGAAGCACUCCGUUAACAAGUAUGGCUGUCAGCACCAUGUCGGUAGUCAGUUCUGAGGCUAGCACGUUUUCAGCAACUCUUGUUGACACCAGCUCACCUGUCACCAUUUCUACUGAAGCCAGUUCAUCUCCUACAACUGCUGAAGGUACCAGCAUACCAACCUCAACUCCUAGUGGAAGAAAGACUCCAUUAGCAAGUAUGCCUGUCAGCAACACGCUGUUGACCAGUUCUGAAACAAGCACCCUUUCAACAACUCUUGUUGACACCAGCACACCUGUGACCACUUCUUCUGAAGCCAGUUCAUCUCCUACAACUUCUGAAGGUACUCGCAUGCCAACCUCAACUCCUAGUGAAGGAAGAACUCCACUAACAAGUAUGCCUGUCAGCACCACGCUGGUAGUCAGUUCUGAGGCUAGCACCCUUUCAGCAACUUCUGUUGACACCAGCACACCUGUCACCACUUAUAAUGAAGCCAGUUUCUCUCCUACAACUGCUGAAGGUACCAGCAUACCAACUUCAACUCCUAGUGAAGGAACGAUUCCACUAGCAAGUAUGCCUGUCAGCACCACGCCCCUGACCAGUUCUGAGGCUAGCACCCUGUCGACAACUCCUGUUGACACCAGCACACCUGUGACAACUUCUACUGAAGCCAGUUCCUCUCCUACAACUGCUGAAGGUACCGUCAUGCCAAUCGCAACUCCUAGUGAAGGAAGUACUCCAUUAACAAAUAUCCCUGUCAGCACCACCUCAAUGGCCAGUUCUGAGGCUAGCACUGUUUCAAUAACUCCUGUUGACAACACUCCUGUGACCACUUCCACUGAAGCCAGUUCAUUUCCUCCAACUGCUGAAGUUAACAGCAUGCCAACCUCAACUCCUAGUGAAAGAAGCACUACAUUAACAAGUAUGCCUGUCAGCACCACGCCAGUGGCCAGUUCUGAGGCUAGCGCCCUUUCAACAACCCCUGUUGACACCAGCACACCUGUGAUCACUUCUACUGAAGCCCAUUCAUCUCCUAAAACUUUUGAAGGUACCAGCAUGCCAACCUCAACUCCUAGUGAAGGAAGCACUCCAUUAACAAAUAUGCCUCUCAGCACCACGCCGGUAGUCAGUUCUGAGGCUAGCACGCUUUCAGCAACACUUGUUGACAUCAGCACACCUGUCACCAUUUCUACUGAAGCCAGUUCAUCUCCUGUAACUGCUGAAGGUACCAGUAUACCAACCUCAACUCCUAGUGAAGGAAAGACUCCAUUAGCAAGUAUGCCUGUCAGCACCACGCUGUUGACCAGUUCUGAAAUGAGCACCCUUUCAACAACUCUUGUUGACACCAGCACACCUGUGACAACUUCUUCUGAAGACAGUUCCUCUCCUACAACUUCUGAAGGUACUAGCAGGCCAACCUCAACUCCUAGUGAAGGAAGCACUCCAUUAACAAGUAAGCCUGUCAGCACCACGCUGGUAGUCAGUUCUGAGGCUAGCACCCUUUCAGCAACUCCGGUUGACACCAGCACACCUGUCACCACUACUACUGAAGCCAAUUUCUCUCCUACAACUGCUGAAGGUAACAGCAUACCAACUUCAACUCCUAGUGAAGGAACGAUUCCACUAGCAAGUAUGCCUGUCAGCACCACGCCCCUGACCAGUUCUGAGGCUAGCACCCUGUCGACAACUCCUGUUGACUCCAACACUCCUUUGACCACUUCUACUGAAGCUGAUUCAUCUCCUCCAACUGCAGAAGUUACCAGAAUGCCAACCUCAACUGCUAGUGAAGGAAGCACUCCAUUAUCAAGUAUGCCUGUCAGCACCACGCUGUUGACCCGUUCUGAGGCUAGCACCCUUUCAACAACUCCUGUUGACACCAGCACACCUGUGACAACUUCUACUGAAGCCAGUUCCUCUCCUACAACUGCUGAAGGUACCGUCAUGCCAAUCUCAACUCCUAGUGAAGGAAGUACUCUAUUAACAAGUAUACCUGUCAGCACCACUCGGGUGGCCAGCCCUGAGGGUAGCACCCUUUCAACAACUGCUGUUGAGUCCAACAUUCCUGUGGUCAGUUCUACUGAAGUCAGUUCCUCUCCUACACCUGCAGAAGGUACCAGCAUGCCAACCUCAACUUAUAGUGAAGGAAGCACUCCAUUAACAAGUAUGCCUGUCAGCACCACACCAGUGGCCAGUUCUGAAAUCAACACACUUUCAACAACUCCUGUUGACACAAGCACACCUGUGACCACUUCCCAAGCCAGUUCAUCUCCUCCAAUGGCUGACGGUAUCAGCAUGCCAACCUCAACUCCUAGUGAAAGAAGCACUCCAUUAACAAGUAUGCCUGUCAGCAGCACGCUGAUGACCAGUUCUGAAACGAGCACCCUUUCAACAACCCCUGUUGACACAAGCACACCUGUGACCACUUCUACUGAGGCCAGUUCUUCUCCUACAACUGCUGAAGGUACCGGCAUGCCAAUCUCAACUCCUGGUGAAGGAAGUACUCCAUUAACAAGUAUACCUGUCAGCAAAACGCCGGUGUCCAGUUCUGAGGCUAGCACCCUUUCAGCAACUCCUGUUGAUACCAGCACACCUGUGACCACUUCUACUGAAGCCACAUCCUCUCCUACAACUGCUGAAGGUACCAGAAUGCCAACCUCCACUGCUAGUGAAGGAAUCACUCCAUUAUCAAGUAUGCCUGUCAGCACCAUACUGUUGAACAGUUCUGAGGCUAGCACCCUUUCAACAACUCCUGUUGACACCAGCACACCUGUCACCACUUCUACUGAAGCCAGUUCCUCUCCUACAACUGCUGAAGUUACCGGCAUGCCAAUCUCAACUCCUAGUGAAGGAAGUACUCCAUUAACAAGUAUACCUGUCAGCAACACGCUAAUGGCCAGUUCUGAGUCUAGCACCCUUUCAACAACUCCUGUUGACACCAGCACACCUGUGACCACUUGUUCUCAAGCCAGUUCAUCUCCCCGUUUAUCUCCUACAACUGCUGAAAGUACCAGCAUACCAACUUCAAUUCCUACUGAAGGAACCUCUCCAUUAGCAAGUAUGCCUGUCAGCACCACGCCAGUGGCAAGUUCUGAGGCUAUCACCGUUUCAACAACUCCUGUUGACACCAGCACAUCUGUGAUCACUUCUACUGAAGGCCAUUCAUCUCCUACAAGUUCUGAAGGUACCAGCAUGCCAACCUCAACUCCUAGUGAAGGAAGCACUCCAUUAACAAGUAUGGCUGUCAGGACCACGCUGGUAGUCAGUUCUGAGGCUAGCACGCUUUCAGCAACUCUUGUUGACACCAGGACACCUGUCACCAUUUCUACUGAAGCCAGUUCAUCUCCUGCAACUGCUGAAGGUACCAGCAUACCAACCUCAACUCCUAGUGAAGGAAAGACUCCAUUAGCAAGUAUGCCUGUCAGCACCACGCUGUUGACCAGUUCUGAAACGAGCACCAUUUCAACAACUCUUGUUGACAACAGCACACCUGUGACAACUUCUUCUGAAGACAGUUCAUCUCCUACAACUUCUGAAGGUACCAGCAUGCCAACCUCAACUCGUAGUGGAGGAAGCACUCCAUUAACAAGUAGGCCUGUCAGCACCACGCCGGUAGUCAGUUCUGAGGCUAGCAGCCUUUCAGCAACUCCGGUUGACACCAGCACACCUGUCAUCACUACUACUGAAGCCAAUUUCUCUCCUACAACUGGUGAAGGUACCAGCAUACCAACUUCAACUCCUAGUGAAGGAACGAUUCCACUAGCAAGUAUGCCUGUCAGCACCACGCCCUUGACCAGUUCUGAGGCUAGCACCCUGUCGACAACUCCUGUUGACUCCAACAAUCCUUUGACCACUUCUACUGAAGCCAGUUCAUCUCCUCCAACUGCUGAAGUUACCAGAAUGCCAACCUCAACAGCUAGUGAAGGAAGCACUCCAUUAACAAGUAUGCUUGUCAGCACCACGCCGGUAGUCAGUUCUGAGGCUAACACCCUUUCAGCAACUCCUGUUGACACCAGCACACCUGUCACCACUUAUAAUGAAGCAAGUUCAUCUCCUGCAACUGCUGAAGGUACCGGCACACCAACCUCAACUCCUAGUGAAGGAACGACUCCAUUAGCAAGCAUGCCUGUCAGCACCACGCCACUGACCAAUUCUGAGGCUAGCACCCUUUCAGCAACUCCUGUUGACUCCAACACUCCUUUAACCACUUCUACUGAAGCCAGUUCAUCUCCUCCCACUGCUGAAGUUACCAGCUUGCCAACCUCAACUCCUAGCGAAGGAAGCACUCCAUUAACAAGUAUGCCUGUCAGCAGCAUGCUGUUGACCAGCUCUGAAACGAGCACCCUUUCAACAACUCCUGUUGACACAAGCACACCUGUAACCACUUCUACUGAGGCCGGUUCGUCUCCUACAACUGCUGAAGGUACUGGCAUGCCAAUCUCAACUCCUGGUGAAGGAAGUACUCCAUUGACAAGUAUACCUGUCAGCAAAAUGCCGGCGGCCAGUACUGGGGCUAGCACUGUUUCAACAACUCCAGUUGACACCAGCACACCUGUCACCACUUCUACUGAAGCCAGUUCCUCUCCUACAACUGCUGAAGGUACCAGCAUGCCAAUCUCAACUCCUAGUGAAAGAAGUACUCCAUUAACAAGUAUACCUGUCAGCAACAUGCCGGUGGCCAGUUCUGAGGCUAGCACCCUUUCAACAACUCCUGUUGACUCCAACACUCCUUUGACCACUUCUGCUGAAGCCAGUUCAUCUUCUACAACUGCUGAAGGUACCAGCAUGCCAACCUCAACUUAUACUGAAGGAAGCAGUCCAUUGACAAGUACGCCUGUCAACAUCACACCGUUGACCAGUUCUGAGGCUAGCACCCUUUCCACAAUUCCUGUUGACACCAGCACACGUGUGACCACUUCUACUGAAGCCAGUUCCUCUCCUACAACUGCUGAAGUUACCGGCAUGCCAAUCUCAACUCCUAGUGAGGAAAGCACUCCAUUAACAAGUAUCCCUGUCAGCACCACCUCAAUGGCCAGUUCUGAGGCUAGCACCCUUUCAACAACUCCUGUUGACAACACUCCUGUGACCACUUCUACUGAAGCCAGUUCAUCUCCUCCAACUGCUGAAGUUACCAGCAUGCCAACCUCAACUCCUGGUGAAAGAAGCACUCCAUUAACAAGUAUGUCUGUGAGCACCACGCCCGUGGCCAGUUCUGAGGCUAGCGCCCUUUCCACAACCCCUGCUAACACCAGCACACCUGUGACCCCUUCUACUGAAGCCAGUUCCUCUCCUACUACUGCUGAAGGUAGUGGCAUGCCAAUCUCAACUCCUAGUGAAGGAAGUACUCCAUUAACAAGUAUACCUGUCAGCAACACGCCGUUGGCCAGUUCUGAGGCUAGCACCGUUUCCACAACUCCUGUUGACACCAGCACUGCUGUGACCACUUCUACUGAAGCCCGUUCAUCUCCUACAACUUCUGAAGGUAGCAGCAUGCCAACCUCAACUCCUAGUGAAGGAAGCACUCCAUUAACAAGUAUGCCUGUCAGCACCACGCCAAUAGUCAGUUCUGAGGCUAGCGCCCUUUCGGCAACUCCAGUUGACACCAGCACACCUGUCACCACUUCUACUGAAGCAAGUUCAUGUCCUACAACUGCUGAAGGUACCAGCAUACCAACCUCAACUGCUAGUGAAGGAACGACUCCUUUAGCAAGUAUGCCUGUCAGCAACACGCCAUUGACCAGUUCUGAGGCUGGCACCCUUUCAAUAACUCCUGUUGACUCCAACACUCCUUUGACCACUUCUACUGAGGCCAGUUCAUCUCCUCCUACUGCUGAAGUUACCAGCUUGCCAACCUCAACUCCUAGCGAAGGAAGCACUCCAUUAACAAGUAUGCCUGUCAGCACCACGCCGGUGGCCAGUUCUGAGGCUAGCACCCUUUCAACAACUCCUGUUGACACCAGCACACCUGUCACCACUUCUACUGAAGGCAGUUUCUCGCCUACAAGUGCUGAAGGUAGCAGCAUGGCAAUCUCAACUCCUAGUGAAGGAAGUACUCCCUUAACAAGUAUACCUGUCAGCAACACGCUGGUGGCCAGUUCUGAGGCUAGCACCCUUUCAACAACUGUUGUUGACUCCUACUCUCCUUUGACCACUUCUACUGAAGCCAGUUCAUCUCCUCCCACUGCUGAAGUUACCAGCAUACCAACCUCAACUCCUAGUGAAAGAAGCACUCCAUUAACAAGUAUGUCUGUCAGCACCACCACGGUGGCCAGUUCUGAAACGAGCACCCUUUCAACAACUCCUGUUGACACCAGCACACCUGUCACCACUUCUAAUGAAGGCAGUUUCUCGCCUACAAGUGCUGAAGGUAGCAGCAUGGCAAUCUCAACUGCCAGUGAAGGAAGCACUCCAUUAACAAGUAUUCCUGUCAGCACCACGCCGGUGGCCAGUUCUGAGGCUAACACCCUUUCCACAACUCCUGUUGACUCCAACACUCUUGUUACCAGUUCUAGUCAAUCCAGUUCAUCUCCAGCAACUCUUCAGGUCAGCACUAUGCGUAUGUCUACUCCAAGUGAAGGAAGCACUUCAUUAACAACUAUGCCCCUCAGCAGCACACAUGUGACCAGUUCUGAGGCUAGCACACCUUCCACACCUUCUGUUGACAGAAGCACACCUGUGACCACUUCUACUCUGACCAGUUCUACUCCUACACCUCCUGAAGGUAUAAGCCUGCCAAUGUCAACUCCUAGUGAUGUAAGCACUCCGUUUACAAUUAUGCCUGUCAGCACCACAUCAGUGACCAUUUCUGAGGCUGGCACACCUUCAACACCUCCUGUUGACACCAGCACACCUGUGACCACUUCUACCCAAGUCAGUUCAUCUCCUAUGACUCCUGAGGGUACCAACAUGCCAAUCUGGACUCCUAGUGAAGGAAGCACUCCAUUAACAGCUAUGCCUGUCAGCACCGCACUUGUGAUCAGCUCUGCGGGUAGCACCCUUUCAACACCUUCUGUUGUCACCAGCACACCUGUGACCACUUCUACUGAAGCCAUUUCAUCUUCUGCAACUCUUGACAGCAGCACCAUGUCUGUGUCAAUGCCCACGGAAAUAAGCACCCUUGGGACCACUAUUCUUGUCAGUAUCACACCUGUUACAAGGUUUCCUGAGAGUAGCACCCCUUCCAUACCAUCUGUUGACACCAGCAUGUCCAUGACCACUGCCUCUGAAGGCAGUUCAUCUCCUACAACUCUUGAAGGCACCACCAUGCCUAUGUCAACUACGAGUGAAAGAAGCACUUUAUUGACAACUCUCCUCAUCAGCCCUAUAACUGUGACGAGUCCUUCUGAGGCCAGCACACUUUCAACACCUCCUGGUGAUACCAGCACACCUUUGCUCACCUCUACCGAAGCCGGUUCAUCCUCCAUACCUGCUGAAGUCACUACCAUACGCAUUUCAACUACCAGUGAAAGAAGCACUCCAUUAACAACUCUCCGUGUCAGCACCACACUUCCAACUAGCUUUCCUGGGGCCAGCACAGCUUCGACACCUCCUCUUGACACAAGCACAACUUUUACCCCUUCUACUGAUGCUGCCUCAACUCCCACAAUUCCUGUAGCCACCACCAUAUCUGUAUCAGUGACCACAGAAGGAACCACACCGGGGACAACCAUUUUUAUUCCCAGCACUCCUGUCAUCAGUUCUACUGCUGAUGUCAUUCCUGCAACAACUGGUGCUGUAACUACCUCUGUGAUAACUUCCACUGAACUAAACACACCAUCAACUUCUAGUAGUAGUACCACCACAUCUUUUUCAACUACUAAGGAAUUUACAACAACUGCAAUGAGUACUGCAGCUCCCCUCACAUAUGUGACCAUGUCUACUGCCCCCAGCACACCCAGCACAACUAGCAGAGGCUCCACUACUUCUGCAUCAAUGCUUUCUGCAACCAGUACACCUCACACCUCUACUUCUGUCACCACCCGUUCUGUGAUCCCUUCAUCAGAAUCCAGCAGGCCGUCAACAAUUACUUCUCACACCACCCCACCUAUAUUUCCUCCUGCUCACUCCAGUACACCUCCAACAACUUCUGCCUCCUCCAUGACUGUGAACCCUGAGGCUGUCACUACCAUGACCACCAGGACAAAACCCAGCACAUGGAUCACUUCCUCCCCCACGGUGACCACCAGCACUGUCCCCACGACUACUCCUACAAUUAAGAGCAAUCCCACCUCAACUCCUACUGUGACAACAACCACACAAUGCUUUGGGGAUUGGUGCCAGAAUACGGCCUCUCCCUGCAAGAAUGGAGGCACCUGGGAUGGGCUCAAGUGCCAGUGUCCCAGCCUCUAUCACGGGGAGUUGUGUGAGGACGUGGUCAGCAUCAUUGACAUAGGACCACCAGAGACUAUCUCUGCCCAAAUGGAACUGACUGUGACAGUGACCAGUGUGAAGUUCACCGAAGAGCUAAAAGACCACUCUUCCCAGAAAUUCCGGGAGUUCAAUCAGACAUUCACGGAACAGAUGAACACUGUGUAUUCCGGGAUCCCUGAGUAUGUCGGGGUGAAUAUCACAAGGCUACGUCUUGGCAGUGUGGUGGUGGAGCAUGACGUCCUCCUAAGAACCAAGUACACACCAGAAUACAAGGCAGUAUUGGACAAUGCCACUGAAGUAGUGAAACAGAAAAUCACAAAUGUGACCGCGGAGCAAAUAAUGAUUAAUGAUAAUUGCUCAGCCAUGAUGUGUUUCAACACCACUGGCACCCAAGUGCAAAACAUUACGGUGACCCAGUAUGACCCUGAAGAGGACUGCCGGAAGAUGGCCAAGGAAUAUGGAGACUACUUCGUAGUGGAGUACCGGGACCAGAAGCCAUACUGCAUCAGCCCCUGUGAGUCUGGCUUCAAUAUCUCCAAGAACUGUAACUUCGGCAAGUGCCAGAUGUUUCCAAGUGGACCCCGGUGCCUCUGCGUGACCACGGAAACUCACUGGUACAGUGGGGAGGCCUGUAACCAGGGCACCCAGAAGAGUCUGGUGUACGGCCUCGUGGGGGCAGGGGUCGCACUGGUGCUGAUCAUCCUGGUAGCUCUCCUGGUGCUUGUUUUCCGCUCCAAGAGAGAGGUGAAACGGCAAAAGUACAGAUUGUCUCAGUUGUACAAGUGGCAAGAAGAGGAUGGUGGGCCAGCUCCUGGGACCUUCCAAAACAUUGGCUUUGACAUCUGCCAAGAUGAUGAUUCCAUCCACCUGGAGUCCAUCUAUAGUAAUUUCCAGCCCUCCUUGAGAAACAUAGACCCUGAAACAAAGAUCCGAAUUCAGAGGCCUCAGGUAAUGACGACAUCAUUUUAA